AUGUCUUUCACAGAUAUCCUCACCUUCGUAGGCACAGCCCUUGUGGUUGCUGUCUGCUUUUACAUCAUCAACAACCCAGUUGAUAUCGAGGCUGCACCUGUUGCCAUCCAGGUUGCCCCUCUUCUACCUAUUAUCAGCUGCCCAGUUGUUAUCGAGGCUGCACCUGUUGUCAUCCAGGCUGCCCCUCUUCUACCUAAAAUCAAGGUGCUUCCAGAGCCCCAAGUAGCCCAACUCGUUGCUUCUCCUUCUGUAAAGAAGAGAAACAGAGUUGAAGAGUUUGUCGGCUCCUCCGUGGUUGCACCUUCUUCUCCAGAGAAUAAGAGAAAGACUUUUGUUAGAUUGUCUUCUCUUUCUGCCUCGGAGAAAAGACCAACUUAUAGAAAACCUUCUCGUCAAUCACCCAAGGUUACUAUUAGUUUGGCUUCUGUUGCUGGCGCGCAACUUCUCGAAGCCAUCCAAUCUGCCAUCCCUCCCCCGGUUGAUAUUGUUCCAACUGAAGUUGCGUCGGCAUAUGCCGAAAUCUCUGAAGUUGUUUCAAUGGAAAUCGAGAUGUCAGAUGCCCCAAUGGUCUCUCAGCUGAAGUCCUGCUUCAAGAGCUCCUCUAAUCGCUUUGCGAAAAGAGUUCGCUUUGCAGGACCAAGCAAACAAUUGUAUCCGUGGUCAGAUUGCCACUUACGUGGUUAA